GUGGUUUCAGACGAGGCGAGAGCCAUGUACAAUGGAGGAACGGCGGGUUUGACAUAUUGGAGCCCAAACGUGAACAUAUUCCGAGAUCCGCGGUGGGGACGUGGUCAGGAAACUCCCGGCGAAGACCCUAUCUUGGCCGGAAAAUACGCUGCCGCAUACGUUCGGGGGCUGCAGGGCAACGGGCAGGGAAACAGGCUGAAGGUGGCCGCUUGCUGUAAGCAUUACACUGCCUAUGAUCUCGACAAUUGGAAUGGCGUGGACCGUUACCAUUUCAAUGCCAAGGUGAGUAAGCAGGAUUUGGAGGACACGUAUAACGUGCCGUUCAAGGCGUGUGUGGUGGAAGGGAAGGUGGCGAGCGUGAUGUGUUCUUACAAUCAGGUCAACGGAAAGCCCACGUGCGCUGACCCUGAUCUGCUAAAGAACACCAUCCGGGGCACGUGGGGGCUUGAUGGGUAUAUAGUGUCGGAUUGCGAUUCUGUUGGAGUGUUGUAUGAUAACCAGCAUUUCACCUCCACGCCCGAAGAAGCCGCUGCUUCCACCAUCAAAGCUGGCUUGGACUUGGAUUGUGGACCAUUCUUGGCGGUGCAUUCGGCGAGCGCCGUAGGCAAAGGGUUGCUAAAGGAGGCCGACGUAAACAACGCCUUGUCUAACUUAUUAGCAGUCCAAAUGAGGCUCGGAAUGUUCGACGGCGAACCAUCAACCCAACCCUACGGCAACUUGGGCCCAAAAGACGUCUGCACUCCGGCCCACAAACACCUAGCCCUCGAAGCGGUGCUGGUUCUGAUGUCCGGUGGGCCCAUUGAUGUUUCGUUUGCUAAAAAUGAUCCUCGAAUUAGUGGUAUUCUUUGGGUUGGAUAUCCCGGCCAAGCCGGUGGCGCCGCCAUUGCUGAUGUCCUCUUUGGCACCACUAAUCCCGGAGGAAAAUUGCCCAUGACCUGGUACCCACAGAGCUACCUUGCGAAGGUGCCAAUGACGAACAUGGGCCUCCGACCCGACCCAUCGACGGGGUAUCCGGGUCGAACCUACCGGUUCUACAAGGGUCCAGUCGUUUUCCCAUUUGGGUUCGGUCUAAGCUACUCAAGGUUCACCCACUCAGUCGAAGCCCCAACCAAAGUCUCGGUCUCCCUUUCAAAUCUCCGACCCGGUCCCACUCCCAACUCCACCUUCUCCAACGGUUCGAUCAAAGUCUCGCACGCCAACUGCGACUCGAUCUCCAAUCUUGGCCUCCACAUCGACGUCAAAAACUCCGGAACCGUCGAUGGCUCCCACACGGUUCUUGUUUUUGCAACUGCUCCCAACGAAAAGUUGUUUCCGAAUAAGCACUUGAUUGGGUUCGAGAAGGUCCACGUGCCGGCCGGGUCGGAGCAGCGAGUCAGGAUCGGAAUCCAUGUCUGCGAACAUCUUAGCCAAGUCGACCGGUCCGGAACUCGGAUAAUUCCGACCGGUGACCACACGCUCCAUAUUGGAGAUCUUACUCAUUCAAUAUCUCUUCGAGCUGAUUUACAAGAUAUUAAAUUCUGAUUAAAUACCAUAAAAAAGUUGAUUACAAAAAAAUUUAUUGUAAAUAAGUGAUAAUGUAAUUCGAUUAUAAGAUGUGUAUGGAAGUAUUGUUAAUGCCUCAACGCGGCAAACAUGCGAGGGGCAGUUUGGGUAUUUUAACAAGUGUAAAUUUGUGAUUUGACAGAUAAUCUCUGUCUUCUAAUAAUGAAGCUUGGGUUGUUUCUAUGUUAUACUUUUAA